AUGGUGCGAACACUACGUAUUCCAGGUUCAUUACCGAUGACCGGCGGCUCUGACAGGUUCCGACACAGGAACAACUAUGACCCCUUCUUCGUGACCGUCACAGCAUCAGCUAAAAAGGGCUACGUGCUCUCCUACCUGGAGGUGUCCGCGAUCACGGACGCAGCUGGCGAGGUGAGCUUCGAGCUGGUGCGUGGCCAGACCGGCGCCCGCAGCAUGGUCUUCCAGCUGGUCUCCAAUCGCAGCGACUUCCUCGCGUACUCCUAUUUGGCUUACGGCAUCAGGGAGGAGGAGUACAAAAAGGUGACGUCCGUUUCGUUGGCACGCGGC